CACCUAGCGGGAAUUUACCUAAGACGGGAAAGUCGGCCAUGUUUACGAUUUAUUGACGGAUUAGGUGCAUGGAUUUCCCUCACAAAAUGGACUGAUACACAUUGUUUAUCAUUGUUUGGCUUUCGAUUUCGAUAAAACAACCUGAUCCCACAACAUGGACUGGGAAACGCAUCGGCCGAGUGCGCCAUCCACACCCACUAGCAUGUCGAGCCAGUCAACUGGAACGAGUUCGACUCGUGCACUUCCCUACAAGACAUUCAACCCCAGUCCUUCAGUGACGGCGCUCACCAAACUGUCAGACGAGGAACUGCGACGUAAAGGGGCAGAGGACCUAAUAAGGAUCUUGAGACGGGUGGAAUGUGACUACAAAUACCUGUUGACCGAAUUAACUGGCCUUACAAAGGACGCUAACAGAAGGAUCCAGAUCCACCUCAUGGAAAUACGGAGUUUAAAAGAUAUUAAUCAAAAAUUACAAGAUGAUAAUCAGGAAUUGAGAGAUUUAUGCUGUUUCUUAGAUGAUGAUAGACAAAAGGGGCGAAAACUUGCCCGUGAAUGGCAAAGAUUUGGUAGGUAUACAGCGAGUGUAAUGAGAAGUGAAGUGGCUGCUUACCAGGAAAAAUUGCGUGAACUCGAACAGAAGCAAGAAGAGUUGAUCAAGGACAACACUGAAUUGAAAGAAUUAUGCCUCUACCUGGAUCAAGAGAGGGUACAGUUCACAGGAGCCAGAGAUGAAGGAGAUGGAAGCAGUAAUGGUACUACAACUGCACAUGAAGAGGGGCCUGCCUCUCACUUGCUUCAUCAACCAAUGAUCACGAGUCAGUCUGUGGGUGGACAUUCAAACAGGACAUCAAACAUUCCUGAACAAACAAUGAACUACAUCAAACAGCUGGAGAACAAAGUUCGACAUUUGGAAGAUGAAAAGAAACAGACAGGGCAACAGAGAGACCGUAGUGGCACAGAUGGCUACCGACAAAGUACAAGUGGCCAGUUGAGCAACAGGCUGGAUGCGUUACAACCAUCAUCUGGAGGUGUUCUGCGUCGGUCUGGGCCCAUGGGGCAUGUGUCAGGUGCUGCCCCCUCCCUCACAACACCAUCAGCAGGGGCCAGUAAACCAGAGGCAGUUGUGCAUGCUAUGAAGGUUCUGCAAGUGCAUGAGCAACUGGAAAGAGCUGAACGAGACGUUGGAGAUGAGAACUUGGACGACAAGGAGAAGGCCAUUGUCAGGGAGAUGUGUAAUGUUGUAUGGAGGAAACUUGGUGAUGUGGCGCCGGAAAGGAAUAACCUUCGGACUGGUUAUCCAGGAUCCUCCGCCCCAUCUCGGCAGGGUUAUCCUCCACCUCCACCCCCUGACUCUUUCUCCCCACCCCCACCUGCUCCAGGGAUCAGUUCUGGUCCCCAGUCUCUAGGAUUCCAGUCUCCUCCCCCUCCCCCUGGCUAUAAUCCUCCUUCGUCACUUACACAUCAUUCUGCUAAUUCAGGACUUACCACCCACCCCACUAGCUCCAGCUUGAACAGCCAUCCGUCAAAUUCCACAAUGAAUAGCCAUCCUAGUUCUACAAUGAACCACCACACAUCGAACUCCAUGAUGAACCAUCACCCAACAUCAAGUUACCACCCCACAACGUCCAUGAGCUAUCACCCCUCGACCUCGUCUAUGGGCCACCAUUCUUCAACAUCAUCAAUGGGACACCAUCUGUCUAGCUCCUCCAUGGGGCAGCAUCCAUCGAUGAGUCACCACCCCUCAACGUCUUCUAUGGGCCAACAUUCUAUAUCUUCCUCUGGACCUCCACCGAUGAACCAUCUACCUUCAUCAAGUUCCCAUGGGCAUCCUGGUCACUCAUCACACAUGUAUUCCAACACCAUGUCAAACAAUGGCCCUAGUUCCAGUCUGGGACAUCACAGCACCUCUUAUUCAUCCCAUCCCCCUCAGAGCUACCGCCACCCCCCACCUAUACCUGGAAGUCACCUGCAAGCCCAGAGCUCCCCACACACUCCUCCCCCUUCUACACCCAUCCCUAUGGAACAACCCCCACCCCCUGCCCCAAGACAAAUGCAUUAUCACCAGGAAUGGAGGCAGAAUUUCCUUGAUGGAUCUGGACAUCGAUAGAAAAUUAGGGAAGUGAUACUUCCAUUCCAUAAGUAAUCAAGAACUGCUUAGUGCUACACUAGUCUGCUGGGCACAUGCAUGACUAGAAUGCCAUAUACCUACCGGGGAAAAUAUAUCUCACAGCCUGUUUGAACCAUUAUCACUGUGAUAUAGUAUAUACAUGUAAUAAGGAGUCUUGUCAAGUGUUCACUGAAGCUGAAAAGUAUAUUAAGUUUUUCACCAGUCACUACAUAUACAUUUCCUGUGGUGAUGCAGAUCAAUUUACAGAACAAGCAGGUACUUUGUCUUUUAGUGCCAUUUAGAAGAUGUAGUCAAUGAAACAGUACUAAGACAUCGGAGUGAAGGAAUGAAAGAUGUUGAAAUCCAAACCUCUAUCUCUUCAUCAAUGGGGUACUUUACUGACAUGGCUUUGUUGAUUUUCAUUGCAUGAAAUUCAAACAGCCAUCCAUGGUAUGAUUAAUUUCAAUAUAGAGAUUAAGUGGGAUUUCUUUAAUCAGCUUCCUCAGUAUUUAGACAAGGUUUGUAACAGAUGAAUAUGAACAUGUUGAAGGUCUCUUAUGGUGAAUAAUCAUUUGAUUGUACUAUGCAUGUUAUCAUCCCCACUUGGAUUCUGUUACACCAGCCACUUUGGUAAGGUGCCUGUUGAUUAAUGUGUUGUAUGGUAAACUAAAUGCAGUAGGUAAUUAACGAGAAACCUAACUUUCAAAGUAUCAUAUUACUUUCAUCUUGACAUUACUUGAUUUAUAUUAGUAGUAUAUUUUCUAUGAGUGUCCAUUAAAUUCAAUCUGUUCAUAAGAAUUUAUGAGUUCAUUUGUCACUUUUUAUAUCUACAUGAAUAAAUGUUUGUCAAUGUUUCCACUGCCAAAGUGUAAUUUUACUGUUAUUAGCUGUUCUAUUUAUUGUUUGAUAAAUGUGUGCAAUUUCAGUUUCAGUCAUGAUAAUUAUGUUUAUUGUUUCAUAAUUUUCCAAAGCUUUUUUGUUUGGUUGAAAGGGGUAUAUUUCAGCAGACAGAUGUCUGUAAAACCCUUAUCUAUAUAAAGGAAGAGCCUGGGCAGGCAAAAAUGUUCUGAGAUGGAAGAAAUAACUUAAUUAUGGCAUGAAAAUAUACAUUAUUUGUAGCUGUUCGAACAGUACUCCGGCACAUCAUUUGUUUGAAAAUAUCCUGACCAAGAAUUCUGUCUCAAACAUUUUACUGACACUGAAGGGGCGGUCGGGUAGCCUAGUGGUUAAAGCGUUAGCUCGUCACGCCGAAGACCCGGGUUCGAUUCCCGACAUGGGUACAAUGUGUGAAGCCCAUUUCUGGUGUCCCCCGCCGUGAUAUUGCUGGAAUAUUGCUAAAAGCGGCGUAAAACCAUACUCACUCACUCACACACUCACUGACACUGAAAAAUAAAAUGGAAAUCUUGAACUUGGUGAGGGAGUAACUGGUCUAAUGUAUCAUUUGCUGUUAUACAGCUGUGUAUUCAAUGAGACUAAAUGUACAUGUGGAAUAAUGACUGAUCUACACGUGUUGCUGAUCUGAAAAUGCAGAGCCGUGUAUCAUUUUGCUUUGCAUUUAACAUUUAGUGUAUAAAGUAUUGUAUGUAGCUUAUUUACCUCUAUAUUAUCGUGGGUUGUUUUUUUCACCAUCUUCACAAUAGGGCAUGUUCAGUGUUGUUUCUUCUAUAACCAUGUAUGUAGAUAUGUUGGAGUUUGUGCUGUAUUUAACAGUGUGCUCUUUGUAGGUGUAGUUUGCUAUGUAAGACUAUAUUGAAUCUUCCUGUGAUAACAUAUCCUCCUAUUAUUUUUCGGAGAUAGGAGGUGUUGUUACUUUCAUCGAACCAGCUGUAUGAAUUGACAUCCAGUGUUGUGAAAAUCUCAUCAAGAUGAAUUGUACAAUUACAGGACUUUAUUCCUGUUGUGCCUAUACUCUUCACCUGCUGUCGUCACUGAUGAGGAUUUGUUUUGUCAUCGAAUUUAACCAACAAAAGUUUGUUUGCUCAUUUGAAGCAUAUAUAGAACAUGAUAAAUGAGAAAAUAUGACAUUGUUGGAUUUUAAGGUUAGGAAAACAAUACCAUGCCUUACACUCACUACACCAACACCUCCAUUGCCCACACCAACACCUCCAUUGUCCACACCAACAUCCACUCCACCAACGCCCACACCAACACACCACCGCCCACACCGACAUCCAUUCCACCAACGCCCACACCAACAUCCACUCCACCAACAACACCAACACCCACUCCACCAUCGCCCACACCACCGCCAACACCACCACUGCCCACACCGACAUCCAUUCCACCAACACCAUCGCUCACAUCAGCAUCCACUCCACCAACACCACCAUCGCCCACACCUCUACCACCAUUGCUCUUAUACCACCACUAUAGUGUCUGAAACUGCAUGUGGUUUCCAUUGUAUGGCUGCUGUCUGGGCCUGAUUACUUUUAUCAGUAUUAAGGUGUUGUCAGUUCGCUUUCUGCACCAUAUUUCUCUACAUUUCUGAUAAUGAAACUGUUUCUAUUACAUAUCUCUUUUGUGAAGAUAGACAAGAAGUGAGACCUCUUUUACAGAGAGUAAGAUCAUGCUAUGGUUGUGAGUUUAAACUUAGUGUUCCCCAAAUGUUGUCAAGUGAUGGCACUGUAAUUUUACAUAUAGCACUAUUUUCCUAUUCUGAUGGUUGUUUUCACUGGUUAUACACAUGGUUUUACUCAGCCCAUUUUUACUUCUACACUAAUUUAUCAGCCUUACAAAAUCAAAAUUUGGGGGAAGGUAAUGGUCUUCCUAAAUACACUUUACGCUGUAUUUAGAUUGUUAAUUUUAUGUAUAUUUUACCUUCACUGUACAUACAAUGAAAUAUUUGUACCGAGAAUGGUCACAUUUGUUUUUUGGUAUUAAACUAGUCAAAGACACUAGUUAUUAAAAUACUUAUUCACUAA